AUUAUUGGUUGUGUGUUGGCUGGUAUUGUGCUUUGUGUUAUUGUGCUGAUUCUGGUGAUAUUCUUGGUCUGCAGACACAAAAAGCAAGACAACCAGGAAAACAAUUCUGAUGAUGAAAACACUGAAAUGGAUUCUAAACAACACAAUAAUCUAACUACAACCCCAACCCAUCUGUACAAUGAACAUUCAUCUUGUGACUCAAAUAUUGAUAUAGUUGAAGAGGGACAUGACAACUAUGCAUAUGUUGAUACUGAUAUGUCUAAGACGAGACUCCCACCUGAUGGUAUGUCUGUUGAUGAUGAUGAUGAUGGCUAUGCUGGUGUUGGAAAACAACAAGUCAAACAACAUGUUACAUUGGAUGUUGACUCUAACUAUCAAACAGUUAGCAUGGAUGGUGAUGCUAUACAGACAGAAGAAGAAAUAACAAACAAGAAUGAGUCAAUGACAGACUUUGAGAAGAUGUAUUCUAAGCCUGAUAAAAUAAAAGGAACAGCAGAGUCAGAUAUUAAUGAACUGACCACUAACAAGAAGGUGUUCGACAUGGACUCUUCAGGUACUGAGUCUGGAAAAUCCCCCAAUACUCCAAUCCCAAUUAAACCCAAAAGAACAAAAUCAAAACCACCUACAAUUCAUAAUAAGCCACCAAUAUCCCUGAACAAACCAUCUUUUACAAACAAUCAGACAACCCCAAACAAUAACAUUUAUACAAGUGUACAAAAGCCAAAGGUUGCUCAAAAACCAUUGAUUGAAACCCAAGAAAAGAAUACAACAGUUGAAAGCCCUGUGAUACCUGGUAAAGCAUGGGGCGAUCAAAAUUACAGUGAUAUUACACUGAAUGAUGACCUAUUAGGCAAAGAAAAUAUGGGUGAUGGUAUUAAACAAGAUGAUAUAGAAGAAAAUCCUGACAAUGAUAUUGAUGUAAAUAAAUAUGAACCUUUAUCUGGUUAUGAGAUGGUGGAACCAAGGGAAAUGAAAUCAAAGCCAUCUACAGUUGCUUUUAAACCACCAAUUUCCCCAAACAAACCACUGAAUGUUAAUACUGUAAUAAAUCCCAACAAUAAUGUAUAUGCAAGUGUCCAAAAGCCACAGGUUUCCCCUAAGCCAGUUAUGAUAACACAGGAAAGCGAGACAACAUAUGCAACACCUGGGAUACCUGAUAAAGCAUGGGGCGACCAAAACUACAGUGAUAUUACAUUAAAAGAUCCUCCCGAGGGCACUGAUAUUAUGGGUGCCAGUAUCAAACACGAUGAGGAAGACAGUGAUAAAAACAAACCUCUAAAUGGCUGCCAAAUGAUUGACAAUGAUAUCUAUAAUGCAAAAGAUGACGAAAACAUAUACAAUGACAUUGACCAGGAUGAUGAAUAUAAAAACAAUAGAGCUGGUAAAAUCUUAAAUGACAAUAACAAUGCUGAUUUAAUUGAAAAUGACAUAUAUAGUCAAGUUAAUGAAGAUACUGAGGACAUUGAACUUGCUGAAAAUGAUAUUUAUAACAGUAUUGAAAAGGAUAUUAAUGAUGUUGAUUUGGUUGUAAAUGAUAUUUAUACUUCAGACUCUGUAGUUUAAAAUAAAUACACACCAAUGUAACUAAAACUAUAACAAAACAUAAUAAUAACUUGUACAGUAAAAAAGAAUAUUGUUUAGUUGUUCUCUUUAAAGGAUUUCUCCGAUGAUUAUGUGUCUUGUAGUGUCUGUCAAAUGCAACUGCCAGCUUGAUUACAAUUUGAUGCCCAACUCAUUUAAAUAUGAAUAGUAACUGCUAUGCAU